GUGAAUAGUAAUCGGACUGUUUUUAUUUGUAAGGAAAACCUGGCAACCCUGAAGACUAGUAAAAUUUCAGCGCUGUUCGGAUUGAGGCACCAUUUUGGCUCGAGCGUCAUUGCGCCCCCUCGCGGGAGUGACGCGUGACUCGGAGGCGUGACGUCAGCUUCAGCACCGGACAGCUCAUUCCCCCUUUCUCCUCAGCUUGAUCGACGAGGCCCGUUUGCCCGAUGGGACUCGUUCUGAAUCGGCUGGACUCACGCGGGCUCCUUAGAAAACAAGGAGAGAAGGCGAGUGGAGAGGACGCGCAGAGAGAAACGACGCUGCAGCCGGAAUCCGAGGAGAAAAAAAAUCUGAUCCCACCCCUCACUUGACAACGCGACAACACCAAGCUCGUGCGAUACGGUAUUUUGACAUUAAACAUCAGUGUUUCAGCCCUUUCAUUUGAACAUUAAGGGCUCCAGAUCUUGGGGUUUCUUAGAUGAGUGUAGCCGCCCAUGGCUUGUGUCCAUGAGCAGUGUCCCUCCCCCUCCCUUUCGGGAUUCAGUACCCCAAUUUCUGAUGCUCCAUUUCGCCGGCCAGACUCUGAUGUGGCUGCAUGUACCCCGGAUACCGAACUGACCCCCACACAGUGUGUUCUGCGCAACGUAUUGUCUAUUGAUCCUGUCGGGGAUGGGACCCACACACGGGGCAACACCCCAACUCCUAGUGAUGACCCUGCACAGUUCUCCAACAGUGUGCUGAAGCUGCACGAAGGUGGAGCUGAAGGGGGAGCAAUGCGCAACCAGUCGGAGAGCUUUAGGCUGCAGGCAGGUGGAGGAGGCUUUCUGGAGGGACUGUUUGGUUGCCUGAAGCCGGUGUGGACCAUGAUUGGCAAAGCAUACUCUACUGAAAACAAGCAGACCCAGGAAGAGUCCUGGGAGGUGCCUUUUGAGGAGAUCUCAGAACUACAGUGGGUGGGCAGUGGGGCUCAAGGAGCAGUGUUCCUGGGCAAGUUCCAUGGCGAAGAGGUGGCUGUGAAGAAAGUGAGAGACAUCAAAGAAACCGAGAUCAAACACCUUCGUAAGCUCAAGCACCCCAACAUCAUCACAUUCAAGGGUGUGUGCACACAAGCUCCAUGUUACUGCAUAAUCAUGGAGUACUGUGCACAGGGGCAGCUGUAUGAGGUUUUGAGAGCAGGGAGAAAGAUCACACCAUCACUGCUCGUUGACUGGGCCAUGGGUAUCGCAGGCGGCAUGAACUACCUUCACCUGCACAAGAUCAUUCACAGAGACCUCAAAUCACCUAAUAUGCUGAUUACCCAUGAUGACCUGGUGAAGAUCUCAGAUUUUGGCACGUCAAAGGAGUUGCGAGAUAAGAGCACAAAAAUGUCCUUUGCCGGCACCGUGGCUUGGAUGGCACCGGAAGUCAUAAGAAAUGAACCCGUCUCAGAGAAAGUGGACAUAUGGUCAUUUGGGGUGGUUCUCUGGGAGAUGCUCACAGGCGAAAUCCCCUACAAAGAUGUGGACUCUUCAGCUAUUAUCUGGGGCGUGGGCAACAACAGCCUGCAACUGCCUCUGCCAGAAAGCUGCCCUGAUGGUUUUAAGAUCCUCUUAAAACAAUGCUGGAAUUGCAAGCCCAGAAAUAGGCCAUCAUUCAGACAGAUUCUGCUACACCUGGAUAUUGCCUCUGCUGAUGUGCUAUCCACCCCACAGGAGACCUACUUCAAAUCACAGGCUGAAUGGCGUGAGGAGGUAAAACAACAUUUUGAGAAGAUAAAGUCUGAGGGAACAUGUCUGCACCGACUGGAUGAGGAGCUCAUUAACCGUCGCCGUGAAGAGCUAAGGCAUGCCCUUGACAUCAGAGAGCAUUAUGAGAGGAAGCUGGAAAGAGCCAACAACCUUUACAUGGAACUGAGUGCUGUCAUGCUACAGCUAGAGCUGAAAGAAAAAGAACUGCUUAGAAGGGAGCAGUGCCUGGAUAAGAAAUAUCCUGGGCUGUUCAAACACCAUUCUUCAAACACAGUGGACAAACUCAUUAAGAAGAGGAAUGUACCCCAAAAGCUUCCUUCGCAUGGCAAGAGACCUGACCUCCUAAGAUCAGAGGUCAUUCUCCCUAAAAUGGACCCUGGUGUGGUGCAAGUGACGGUUCCUUCUUGUGCCAACCGGACGUCCACUUCACCAAGUCGUGCCCGGAGGGUUAAAACACGACAUCGCAGGGGGGGCCGAGGCAGCAGUGGUGAUCUCUCGGGGCCCAAGCACUCCACUGGUACCUCCACCAGAGAGAGAGAAACGCCCACAUUGGGCACUGCAGCACCCAGUGGCACUCCAGAAACUGUUCAGACAGCGAGUACUGCUUCAAGAGGAAGCCAGCUGGAAGCUCCUCCACUAAAACUGUCCUCCUCUAGCCCAGACCUGCUUUGCUCCACCCAUGGAGCUGAGGGCGGAGCCAGUGGUGGGGCUGGCAGUCUGAGUGUGUGUGAAGGGCUUGUUAGCGGAGUCCGAGGUGUGGCAGAAGCCACUGUGGGAUUGGAUGAAACUCCUCCACGAAGCGACACAGCAAGUGAGGACGCAGCUUCACUCCCAUUCUCAAGCAGUCCUGAUUCACCCUGCUGCGCAAGAGGUGUGGCUGUGGGACGGGGACACACUCUAGGGGAGGAAAGGGAGGAAGGAGCCGGGGCAGUACGAUUGCCGAGGGGAGCCAGUGGUAGUCAUUUGACUCCAUCAGCUAUACUUUACAGAGCAGCUAUCACACGCAAGCAGCGUCGUGGUGUGUCUUCAGAGGAAGAGGAGGGAGAAGUAGAUAGUGAAGUGGAACUACCAAGGAGACGACGGCCAACUAGUAUAUCCAAGUGCCAGUCUAUAUCCACCUUCAGCUCAGAGAAUUUGUCUGUCUCUGAUGGAGAGGAAGGCCAUACCACUGACCACUCUCACAGCGGCACACCAGAUGUGGUCAGCACCAAUACCGAUGAGCGGCUGGACGAUCGAAGUGAUGACCUCAUCUCACAGGGCUCUGAGAUCCCUGCUGACAUCACAGACCCUGCAAUCUCAGAGAGGGAGGCUGCUGCUCUUGAACAGGAGAGAGCAAAUUUUGAUCUGGAACAAAACAUUUUAGAGACGCGGGCGUUGUGUGAAGAUUCGGAUUGUGACAGUGCCGAGCUAGACCAGUCGGGGAGUGGAGAACCAAGUCGCCCCCCAAGUGCAGGAGGCUGGGGUCAGGGUCCUCAGAACUAACAAACAUGUGCAUACACAAACACCCAGCCCUGUGCAUUUGUACAUAUUGUAUAUAUGUUCACCACAACACGUACCAGCACACUUCCUUAUUUGUAGUCUCACUGAAACACCUGAUAUUAAAGACAUACACUUUUACACAAACACCAUGAAUUUGCCUAUCUUUGGGCUUGUAACAAACUGGUGAUGCAGAAUCAAUUGAUUAAUGGAGAAAAAAAAGUUAUAUUAGCCACUUUAAGAACAUACUUUUACAAGCUGGUCAUGAUGUCAAUGAGAUUCCAAAGAUCAGGGCCCCAUUCUUUGUACAUGGCUCUCAUAUCAAUAUAAUUUGAAAUAAUUCCCUGAAUAAUUUGAAUUUGGUUACUCAAAGCAAGUUCAAGGUUACAGGUGUUCCUAUCUUUUACUAAUCAGCUCCAACACAUACUCAUAAAGCUUGAAAUAUAUUACAGUCUUACCUGUAGUGUACUUACAUAUACCUAUUAUACUUGAACUCAUUUAUGUCUUCAACAAAAAAUAGGGCUACACACUUUUCCAUAGAUAACGAUUAUGAAAGGUGCUGAUUCUUAUUAUCUGGAGGCUUUAAAACAACACAUACUGUCACCCUCCAGUCUACAUCCAAGCUACAUGUCUAUUCCUGUCUAAUUCAAUAGCGACGUACACGUUCAUUCAAACCGUUACUCUGUGGGGUUGGUGUGGGAAUUGAAGAGAAAUAUGAUGUCUUAUACAGGAGUAGACUUUGGGACUCAUUUAUCAAUCAUUAAUAAAGUUGUGUGUAAAAGUUUUCGUAGGCCAAGCUGAAAAUUCCUGACAGAUAAAAGAAAAGGUUCCCUAGGGCUGAUUUUCUUUUUCUGUUCAUGUGCACAUGUUGAUAAAUGCCAAUCACCCAUAAAUUGCCAGGCUCGUUGAUGGCACAGCUAAUUUACAUUUAGUGAUGUCUACAAAACUCCAUGAAAGGCAAAGUUCACAGAGGGCUGAAUGACAAAAUGAUGGCCAAAUAUUGAAAGUGCACCUCCUUCCAGUAAUGCAGCUCGGCCAAUGCAGUGCAUUGCGUUCCACAGGCACAGACUCACUGACAGUCUUCCUCUUAUCCUAGGGUGCCAUUAUUUUUGUCCUAAUUGAGUGACUUGUCUUAUUUGUCUUAAUUUAUGUAUAAAAUAUAUUAUGUCUUCAUAUAUAUGAUUUUCAUUAAAAGUUAUUAAUAUAAAAGAAACAAGUUUCACAGAUAUUUGUGCAAGUGAAAUAAAUUGGCUAUUUAAACUACAGAGCAUAGUCUGUUUAAAAAAAAAACUCAUGCCAGUUGUAUAAUUUGAAUUGGCUAUUUAAACUACAGAGCAUAGUCUGUUUAAAAAAAACCUCAUGCCAGUUGUAUAAUUUGAAGUAUAUCAGUUGAGGUUCAGAUUAGUGUGCCUCCUUACACAUAAAUUUACACAAACUCAGGAGUUUGUGUAAACUUUACUAGUAUAAAUGUACUUUUGAACAAUUUGCAACUAAAUUGUUUGCAUCUAACUUGAUAAAUGAGGCCCAUUGUUUGCUUAAAUGAAAACUUUCAUCAGAGUGCCUGGCUACUGCACUUCUCUCUUUAAUCCAUGGAUCAGUUGAAGUUAUAUAACUCAGCUGAAGUUAUUCCUAGCAGAAAUAAUUAACUAGUUUAUUUAGCUUUCUAGUUACUAAUACACAAAUUAUUGCGCAAACUCAAAGGUGAUAGUAGCAUCACUUCACAAAUGAACUGUAUUCAUAUGAACACUACAUUUUAACACUAUAUUCACUGAUCUUACAUUUUAGCUUUGUUAAUUUCACCUUUGCCAGUUAAUUAAGAAUUUUCCAAUCAGAAUGUCAGAAUAAUCAAGAAAGUAAACAUACUUGUUUCUUGUGCUAUGGAAAUUGAAUAUUCAGAUACACUUUACUUAAAAUCUAAUAAUCAUGGGGUGCAGGGGUGUGUGUGUGUGUGUGUGUGUGUGUGUGACAGCAGCUGUUCCUAAUGUAUAGUUUUUCCCCCUAUUGAAAGCAAAUUCACAGCCAAAUCUGAUGCUUCAUCCACCAUUUUAUCACGUCAAAACAUGUAAGUCUUAUUUGUAGAACACAUUAACAUGGCUAGCUACUUUGUCGACUAGCUGUUUGAAUCUCACGGCUCAUGUUUUAACAUAAAUAUAGUGGUAUAAUAAAGUUAAAAUGUAGAUAAAGAAGAGAUAUACAGGUCAUCGGUACAAUUUCAGAGCUAGCACUUCGUCACUUCUGCAAUCGCAUGAAAGCAGUAUUUAAGGUUUACAGAUGGCACUAUUUUCCAAAGACACGUUUUCUAACUUGCCUUUGUUAUUGGCAUCUAUAGUUAUUUGAUAGAUAAGGGAAUUAAGGGACAUGUGUGAAAGUUUAAUUUUGAGUCAUAUUUUGCUUAGGACCCCACAAAAACUAGGAUUGGUACUGUUUCCACCACAGGGACAAAGCAAAGCACACUUUAGGGUGCAAGAUUUAGGGAACCUUUUUAUUUUUUCUUGUUCUAAACAUAUACUCUUAAAUGCAUCAGCAGGUAAUGUGAUUUGCGAUCUUUACAUAUUCACAUAGCACCAAAGUUUUUGCAUUUGUUAUUUCUAAAAUGGCAUUCUCUAUCCUGACAGUUUUCUGACUGAUACUGAGUGAGACAGCAUCAGAGAUUUUCACAAUUUAAAAAUUUCGCCCUUGACUUGUCUUUGUGAACUCACGUAAACGUUUAUGUCAAAUGUGACUUCAAAUUUCUUAUAUGAUCCAUGAUUAUAAUAAUAAAAAGCAUGGCUUAUAUGAACAAUCUAUAAAGAAUGGGGCCCAGGAAAAUGCCACGGAAAAUAUACAAAUAUUUAGAACACCUUUUUUAAAAAAAUGUUUUUAAAUAAAAAUAGAAAAUUUGGCAGAUGAGGAUUUGAUUUAUUAAUAACAAGAAGGUAUUGAUAUCUGCCCAACUAACUAAUGAUAGCUGGAAAACAUGGCAAAUCUAAUACAAGAAUGCACAGCAUGAUGACAUUCACCAAACUGGAUCUACAUUUCAUGUAAGUGUCAUUUUAGAAUCUUUAAGGUGGACCUUAGGAGUAACAUUGAAUUAACAUUCAGAUAUUUUUCAUUUUCGUAUUGCCUCCUGACCGUAAGAUUUUUUUUCUCCUUUAAUAGGGACAUGCAAUAUGUACAUUACAGAUAUUCGGAAGAUGACACUUUUAUUUUCUGUACUUCCUGUAAAAAAAAAAAAAAAACAUGCCGUAAAACAAAAAAUUUUUUUUUGGAUGUAUGAAGAUUUUAACUUGAUAGUUUUGAGAGGUAUAAUGAACAAAAUGCAUGAAGUCUGUUUGUAAGCAAUUUAAUUUUGAAUUCAUUGUUUUUAUAAAUUUAAUAGAAAAAGAUUUUUUUUUUUUUUUUAUUUUUUUUUACCUUGAAUGUGUGUAAUAGCCUUGUGUUGCUUGUAGGCACUUUAUAUAAUAGAAUGUUAAUGUCCACUAACUUAUCACCUUCUCAUGACACUAAAAUUAAUGUUUAGUGACAGAUGGGUUUAGGUCAGGAGCAAAGGAUGUAGGUCAAAAAAUGCAGAAUGUUUGUAGCUUUGUAGAAUAUCCUUUGAAUAUCUUUAGAGUCAGCACAACAUAUGGGGACUGUCAUGAGUUUUUCCUUUAGAAAUAAUUCCAGCUCCUGGAGAUGUACCUUCCUACAAAGUUCUUCAGGGUCUUCUGAAGAUGGAGUGAGAGCAGGGGAUUAGGUUUUGGGCUAAAAUGUGUAGGAAGGUAGUCCUUUGGGAGUUGGAUGAUUAACCACUAAUUGUUCAAAAACCACCAUGCACAGUGUGUUCCAUAAAAUGCGACUCCCAGGUCAAAUCAAGAAAAUGUAAACUAAAUAAAGAGCAACUGUGAUUUUAUGAUGCCUGUUAUCCUGGGUCAAAUCAGUCCCAAUCCAUUUUGCCUCUUUUUUUUUUUAAAUGAGAAAUUUCUCCUUGUAGUAACUUUUUCAAACAAAGUGGAUCUCUCUUUUCCAAAUUGGAGCUAUGAUCAACAACAAAAAACAAACAAAAAAAGCCAUGUUGGUCAUUGUCUUAUUUAUCUAUUUGUUUAUUUAUUUAUUUAAUCAGUAUUUUAUUUUUCUAUGUCCACAUUACAUGGGCCUUCCUUUAAAAAAAAUCUUAUUUUCCACAGAUUACUGAGAUACUGUGGAGAUAUCUAAAUGCCCUGACAAGUACUUGAUUUAGACCUGGAUAACUUUGGUUAAAAAAAAAGAGAAAAUCACUGAGUAUAGAUAAUAACUAGACAUCAGGCAAAACUUUAUAUCUACUUCAGGUGGUACGGGUGCUGAACUUAGGUUUGAAGAGAAUCCUUUUUCUCAAGCUUGUUUUAACUCAGUAAUCAUGUUGACCAAUGUACAUAUAUAGCAAAAAAUAUAUAAGUGACAUUAUUGAUGUAAAUGCAGAUAUAUUAAUAAAACACUAUGGGGCAGUUUUCUGGGCACUGGAUAAAUGUAAUCUUAAGAUUUGUGAUUAUGGUCUUAAGCUUUAAUGACAAGGCUUCUCUGCCCCCCCCCAAAAAAACCCACAAUUGUAUAAUGUAAAAUUAUGUAAUAGCUGGCAUUAUGGGAUUCGUUUAUGUUACUUUCCAGUAUCAUUCUGCAAUUUUGUAUAACUGAACUUGAACACUGGCCAAGGGUGAAAGCUCAUACUGAUUACUCAGUGCUAACUUUACUCAGCACUGUACUGUGGAAACAUGAGGUAGACAUAUGGUGCUUGGAAAAUAAAAAAUAAACAUUUUGUUUGACUUCUAGAUAACAAAUAGCUAAGCCAAAGUCUCUGACUAUUUCAUAGCUAUAUGAUGUUUUAAUUGCCAAUGAAUAAAAUUAAGUUGGUUAAAGAUUUUUCAUAUAAAUAACGUGACUAUUAAUAAAAUAUAAAUGACACUAUAGCAAAGAAGUAUGUGGAAUUUUUCAAUUGAGAAUUUUUCAAUUUGUACAAAUUAUCUACACUGUCUACUAUUCUAUAGAAAGUGACUGUAUGUGCUUUCACCCAUGGCUUUGGUUUCUCUAAAGAGACAAUCUGAAGACCACACUUUCUUCCUUUUUUUUGUUUCAUCUCAUUGAAUAAAGAUGUAAAAGAGCCAAAAUCAAGAACAAACCCCUAAACCGUUGUUUAAGGUUCCUGUCUGUAAAUAUGGCACAAUAUGCAAUGUUCUGACAUACAACCAUCCCAAAUCUGCAAAAGAGGUUUUAAUAGAGAGCUGGAAGAAUCAGAAGAGUCAGAAAAUAUGGCACUACUAUACAAAAAAGUAGACUGAGGCUACCUACCUCCCCCUUUUUGCUCUUUAUAUGGCAGGAUGUAAUGCCCAAAUGAGAUGCACUUUCUUUUCUCUACCUGAUCCAUCAGAUUGACUUGUUGAAACUCACUGCAAUCAUGCAGUCAUAUGUGGAAACGACUGACUCAGUAUAUGAAUGUGCAAAAUUCAAGCAGUCUGGUUCUAUGUGAUUUCCUUUCCUUUACACUUUAAGAAAAGGUUAGAUCAUUAGAUUUGUAAAAACAAAUCUAAAUGUAGACUCAGCUAUCAACAUCAGACUCGUUUUCAUGAAAAGGCACUGAUCCUAAAUUUAAAGUCCGUCUGCCUGUACGUAGUUUACCUCUGCAGAAAAUCCGGCGAUUCUGGCAAGUCAGACCUUUAAUGACGGGAGACAUAUUUACAUCUUUAGAUAUAUAUUUGUUUUUGACUGCUUUGCAUUAAUGUAUUCAAUCUAUCAGGGGACAUUGUGUUUUCUUCCAUUUGAAGGAUGGCAGUGGACUCUUUUCACUCAUCCUUCAUGUUUCCAAUCCAGUGAUUAUUUAUUUAUUUAUUUAUUUUGAUAUCGGAGUAUAUCACGUCACAUAGCAGUACUGAUAUAUGUUAUAUAGAAAUGUGGAAGCUCAAGUUAAAUGAUCUUAGCUCAGUUGUCUAGACCAAUAUAUGUUUUAGGCUUCUACUCUGGGAAUGCAAGUCAUGUUCACAAAAUGAAUUAUUGGGUUGUUUUGGGUGCGUAAUUGUGGGAUGUCUUUUGGAGGAGGUGCAUUAAAAACUCAAAUUAUGUCCUCUGACAGAAUAUAAAUGUAACUAUUGUUCAAAAUAUAUUUAAAUAAAUUAUGAUGGUGAUCAAAAUAAAAACCUUUACUAGACCAUACUAAGUUUUGUUUGCUGUUUAUGUUGCCAAUAUGUGCCUAAUACACAUUUGGUACCCACUCAAUUAAGAGAUCACAGAAUAACAUGCCUUACCACUUUUAUGUAAUAACUGAAGAUUAAGUAUGCAACUAUAGUUCUGUGACUGACUGGCAGACAACCAAGGCACUUUACUUUAUAACUACAUAAUAGUCAUCACAGGGGCUAAUAACAUACCAUAAUAUAUUGUUAUUUUAUUGAUGAUGAGAAUUACUCAAGGUUCUCAUACUGUUCCCACUUGAAAAUAAAUAUUAAAACACACUAAAGCUAAGUAGGGUUGAGCCUGACUAGUACCUGGAUGGGAGACCUCCUGAGGAAAACUAAGGUUGCUGCUGG